AUGGCGUCUCCAAGUUUUAUUUAUCCUGGCCUUAUGCCCAAUCCUGUCGCCUUCGUUGAUCCUUUGCCUUCCCAGUGGCGCAUUACCUCCAAAGUCGACGAGUACGCUUAUGAGAUGGAGGAGAAUCAGUUACGAUAUGGGUUACGCGUUCCGUGUUGUAGGGCAAUCUUUCAUUGCGAAGAGGCUGGCAAUCCGGGCCACCAAGCCUACAUGGUAGUCUAUAUGCAAAUCCCUUUUACAGGGACGGAGUUUACAUCACCAGACCUUCGAGCGCAGCAAGCCUCAUCUGACAUCCCCAAUUCUGCACUUAAUGACUGUGCAUGCUACCAAAGGCUGAAGGAUAUCGGCUCUGAGCAUACCCCUAUACUUAUCGGCUCCAAGGUAGAAUCCCAAGGUCGGGAUGGCUGGGUUCCAGGGGGCUAUUUGUUUUAUUUAGCGUUCACCAAAGUUCCGGGAGUUCGGCUGCUGUCAGGAGCUAUCGGCGAAGGGCUUUUUUACACCCUUCCAAACCCCCAGAAAGAUAAAAUCCGUGCAGCCUUGAAAACUGCAUACAGUUCGUUUGCCCAGUAUGAUGUCCGCCCGAGUUGGGAUGCUCGGACAAGGCUUUUCUGGGACAGUGAGUCAGGAAAACUGCAUUUUCAGGGGCCUUUUGAGCUCACAACCGGCCCGUGGGAAUGGGACUCGUAUCUGUGGAAACACUGGUCUUUGGAUGAAGACCAUGUAAACAGGCGAAGGGCCACGAUGAGAUACAUGGCCAUGUGA